CCAUCAGCUGCCAGAGAGUUGCUGUACCAUUUUACAUCCCUACCAACAAUGUAUGGACUGAUCCAGGCUCUCUGCCUCCUUGCCAGCAUUUGGCGUUAACACUGUUUUUCAUUUUAGCCAUUCUGAAUAUGGUUUCUAGUUUUAGGGUUUCUGAAUUACAAGUGUUACUAGGCUUUGCUGGACGGAAUAAAAGUGGUCGUAAGCAUGACCUCCUGAUGAGGGCGUUGCAUUUAUUGAAGAGUGGCUGCAGCCCUGCGGUUCAGAUUAAAAUUCGAGAAUUAUAUCGACGCCGAUACCCACGGACACUUGAAGGACUUUCUGAUUUAUCCACAAUUAAAUCAUCGGUUUUCAGUUUGGAUGGUAGUUCUUCACCAGUAGAACCUGACUUGGCUGUGGCUGGAAUCCACUCGUUGCCUUCUUCUUCAAUUACACCUCAUUCACCAUCAUCUCCUGUUGGUUCUGUGCUGCUUCAGGACAGUAAGCCCACAUUUGAGAUGCAGCAGCCAUCUCCUCCCAUUCCUCCUGUCCAUCCUGAUGUGCAAUUAAAAAACCUGCCCUUUUAUGACGUCCUUGAUGUUCUCAUCAAGCCUACAAGUUUAGUUCAAAGCAGUAUUCAACGGUUUCAAGAGAAGUUUUUUAUUUUUGCUUUGACACCCCAGCAAGUUAGAGAGAUAUGCAUAUCAAGGGAUUUUUUGCCAGGUGGCAGGAGAGAUUAUACAGUCCAAGUUCAGCUUCGACUUUGCUUGGCAGAGACCAGUUGUCCUCAAGAAGAUAACUAUCCCAAUAGUUUGUGUAUAAAAGUAAAUGGGAAACUCUUUCCUUUGCCUGGCUAUGCACCACCACCUAAAAAUGGGAUUGAACAGAAGCGCCCUGGACGGCCCUUGAAUAUUACAUCUUUAGUUAGGUUGUCUUCAGCUGUGCCAAAUCAGAUUUCUAUUUCUUGGGCAUCUGAAAUUGGAAAGAAUUACUCCAUGUCUGUAUAUCUUGUACGACAGCUUACAUCAGCCAUGUUAUUACAGAGGUUAAAAAUGAAAGGUAUUAGAAAUCCCGAUCAUUCCAGAGCACUAAUUAAAGAAAAACUUACUGCAGAUCCUGAUAGUGAAAUUGCUACAACUAGUCUUCUUAGGAAAAAUGAGGCUGACAAUCCCAUGCCGGGCAGUGACUUGUACACAUCUGCAGUGUUUUGAUGCUGCCCUUUAUCUUCAAAUGAAUGAGAAGAAGCCCACCUGGAUUUGUCCUGUUUGUGAUAAUAAGGCUGCCUAUGAAAGUCUGAUACUAGAUGGGCUUUUCAUGGAAAUUCUUAAUGACUGUUCUGAUGUAGAUGAGAUCAAGUUCCAAGAAGAUGGUUCUUGGUGUCCAAUGAGACCCAAGAAAGAAGCUAUGAAAGUAACCAGCCAGCCCUGUACAAAAAUAGAAAGUUCCAGUGUCUUUAGUAAACCGUGUUCAGUGGCUGUAGCCAGUGAUGCAAACAAGAAGAAGAUAGAUGUUAUUGAUCUAACAAUAGAGAGCUCUUCUGAUGAAGAGGAAGACCCUCCUGCCAAAAGGAAAUGCAUCUUUAUGUCAGAAACACAAAGCAGAUCAACCAAAGGGGUUCUCAUGUAUCAGCCAUCUUCUGUAAGGGUGCCCAGUGUGACUUCAGUUGAUCCUGCUGCUAUUCCACCUUCAUUAACAGACUACUCAGUACCAUUCCACCAUACGCCAGUGUCAAGCAUGUCAUCAGAUUUGCCAGGUUUGGAUUUUCUUUCCCUUAUUCCAGUUGAUCCCCAGCAGUACUGUCCUCCUAUGUUUUUGGAUAGUCUCACCUCACCCUUAACAGCAAGCAGUACGUCUGUCACCACCACCAGCCCCCAUGAAAGCAGUACUCAUGUUAGUUCAUCCAGCAGCAGGAGUGAGACAGGGGUCAUAACCAGCAGUGGAAGUAACAUUCCUGACAUCAUCUCACUGGACUAAAGGCGGACAUAUUUGAUUCUGGGAAUCAUUCGUCAGAACUACUCCUUCUUGGAUAUCUAGUCCAUGGAAGCUAACUUUUGCAAUUUAAUAUUUAUUAAAUUGUCAGAUGAAUUCUUUGCUGAGAAAUGAACACAGAUAACUUCAGCAAGAACCAGAUGACAAGCAAGGACUUUUGUUAUGCUGUACACUGAGCAUCAGAUAUAUUUCAUCUACAAUGGUGUCUUCUUGAGCAGUGGAUUUCAGUUUCUACAUUACUGGAUGGAUUCUACAAACAAAUUUUUGUUACAAUAAACAGCAAUAAAAUUAUGUAAAUACUUUUCUAAUUAAAAUAAUGUAAUCACUGAUCUAGAAUAACAGCAACUUCUGUUUAAUCCAAUAUGAAGGAAAAAUAGAUGGGAAGAAGUCAUGUUUGCUGAAUGAAUACUUUCUAUAGAGAUUUGUUCUAUUUUGUUGAAGUAAUGAAGUUUCAGUACUGGCCAGAACUUGGGUUCCACUUUUCUUCUUUCGGUUUACUGUUCUUCAUGAUCCCAUCAAAGAAAAUGGUCUUCGUGUUCAGUGUUUUUUUUCUCUUGUCGUUUACACUUUAAAGUUAUUUGCUGAUAGAUACAAAGUGCUGGGGUUUGGUUGCUGUUUAUAGUGAUUAUGUUUAAGAACACUGGGCACAUUUUGUCCUGAUAUAAUGUGUUAUUUUUGGUUACUAUACAUUCUUCUAGAAUUUCCUACAAUCUUGAGACCUGUUUUUUCAGAAAGAAAGUCUACAGCGUUUGAGUGAAAUAUGCUUGCAUUAAGAUGUGGCUAGAAUAUUUGGUAGAAAGUUUUUUACAAUGUUCAGAAAUAUUUAAUAGUUGGAAGGCAUUAGAACAUAUGUAGGAGAGGUGGAAAUAGCUAAAUUCUCCCUAAGAACUUAAUUUGUUUUUAUAGAAUAAUAGAGUAUACUUUGUUUAAUGGCAUUAAUAUAGAAAUUAUAUUUAAGAUCUCUGAUCAUAAAUCUCACCAAUGUAGUUUCAGUUUCAGCAGUGAUUUUUCAAGUUUAAAGAAAAGUCAAUAGUAAAUGAUGGAGGGUGGUAUCAGAUAUCAUUUUCCUGAAUUUUUUUUAAAGAAGUGUUUUAUGAAAACAUAGACAUAAUAAUUGGGGAUGUUUGAAUAAAGUGGGGAAAGGGGGUGCAAAGGCCCACUUAAUGCUUCAAAACACACCUCUCAUGUGGCUCUUCUGGGUGUGCUUUGGAAACUACUGUGCCUCCUACCUUGUAUGUGAGUCACUCAGAAAGCUGGGUUUCACUUACGGAGGCUUUCAGCAGUCCUUAUUUUCCUUUGCUUCAUUUGGGUUCCUUAAUUUUCAGUACCUAAAUGUUUAGUACUUUCUUGAUUCCUGGCUUUCUCUGCCUAUGCCUAUCCAACUUAAAGGUUUUGUUUUUUGUUGUUGUUGUUGUAUUUUCUUUUAAAGUGGCUAUUCUUAACUUCUCAAAUAAGUUCCAACAUGAGGAAUCUCUGCUUCCACUCCUGACAGGGACAUGUUACUUCCAAAUCGGUGCAGCUCUGAAGAGCUGCCUUGUCCCUGGUUGGUGUUUUAUCUUCUCAAGUUUUUGUGGCCUUUGUGUGCUUUUUGUACAAAAUGCCCGUGUAGUUGUCCAUAUUGUCCCUUCUUUGCCUCCACCACCCUUUGUUAUAUGAUCCUUCCUUUUAAUAGGGCUUUUGUAUUGUCAAUGAUAUGGAAAGCAAAGCCAGCCCCUGUGAUCACAGUAGUCAUUGUACUAUUGCCCCUGGCUUUAACUUGUUAGCCAGUCCUGGAUAGAAAAUUUUUUCCUGUAGGGUUUAUGUUGCUACUGUAAGUACAGAUGCAGUUUCUGUUACCUCUGUAAUCAGAAAAAGUCACCUGGCUUCUGUGGUAUAAUUUGUUAAUAAAGAAGUGAUGCAGAGUUGUCAUCAUUUUGUUUACCCA